AUGGGGCGGGCUGCUGAGCGCUGCAGACAGAGGGGUGUGGAGUGCAUGACAAUAUAAAGCACGACGGUCGUUCUCCUGUCGCUUUAGCGUUCAUGUUCUCUAUCCUUCUCUCUUGCCCCAGUCCCCCUCUUGCAGAGGAAGCCUGCAGAGCCCCAACUUCUGGGUGCCAUCUCUGAGCUGUCAUUCUGCUUCUCCUUCCAUUUCGGUGACCUGCUGCUACUGGGUUGUUCAGGAAAACCUUCCUGAGACCUUCAAAGUGUAAUAAUCCGUCCAGGAUAUAGCCACAUACUGAAAAUGGUACAGAAGAAGAUUGCAGACAUGCAGGGCUUUCGCUAUUCUUUCGAGAGGCAAAACCCAUUUGAAAGUGAGUACGACAGACCAGAAUCCAGUCCUGUUGAGACUGUGUUCAACUUUGAGUGCAGUCCUGUCGAGACUGUAUUCAACUUUGAGUGCCUAACAAGACCAGAUAUGCCUUCCAGUCAGCCCAUUGAUAUUCCUGAUGCCAAAAAGAGAAACAAGAAAAAGAAGCGAUGUCGGGCAACUGAUAGCUUCUCUGGUCGCUUUGAAGAUAUGUAUAGGCUACAGGACGAGGUACUUGGUGAAGGGGCAUAUGCCAGAGUCCAGACCUGCAUCAACGUCAUAACAAACAAGAAGUAUGCAGCCAAGAUUAUUGAGAAACGCCCAGGACACAGUCGUAGUCGAGUUUUCCGGGAGGUUGAGAUGUUGUACCAGUGUCAAGGUCACAAGAAUAUCCUUGAACUGGUAGAAUUCUUUGAAGAAGAGGACAAAUUCUAUUUGGUUUUUGAGUUGCUAAGAGGAGGAUCUAUACUGACGCACAUCCAUAGGAGAAGACACUUUAAUGAAAAAGAAGCCAGCAGGGUUGUGCGAGAUAUUGCCAGUGCACUAUAUUUUCUUCAUAAUAAAGGAAUGGCACAUAGGGACUUGAAACCUGAAAAUAUUCUCUGUGAGAAUGCAGAUCAGAUUUCUCCUGUAAAAAUCUGUGAUUUUGACCUGGGAAGUGGUAUUAAGCUAAAUAGCGACUGCUCCCCUAUUUCUACUCCGGAACUACUGACACCGUGUGGGUCUGCUGAGUACAUGGCACCAGAGGUAGUGGAAGCCUUCAAUGAAGAAGCAACCAUGUAUGAUAAACGGUGCGACCUUUGGAGUUUAGGGGUUAUCCUUUAUAUUAUGCUGAGUGGUUACCCACCUUUUGUUGGACACUGUGGGAGUGACUGCGGCUGGGACCGUGGUGAAGCCUGUCGUGCCUGCCAGAACAUGUUGUUUGAGAGUAUUCAAGAAGGGAAGUACGAAUUUCCAGACAAGGACUGGGCGCACAUUUCCUUCGGUGCCAAAGAUCUUAUUUCGAAACUGCUAGUCAGAGAUGCCAAAAAUCGUCUUAGUGCUGCACAGGUGCUUGAGCACCCUUGGGUGCGAGGGUGUGCUCCUGACAAUACUUUACCAACGCCAAAAAUUUUACAAAGAAAUAGCAGCGCUAAAGACCUCACCUGUUUUGCAGCUGAAGCUAUUGCAGUUAAUCGUCAGUUGAUGCAGCAAGAGGAAGAGAACCGACCAAUUGUAAUCAAAGCUACCUCAUUUUCCAUGCAGCUGUCUCCGCCCUCAGAGUCCAAACUGGCCAAACGGAGGCAACGAACCAGCAUGACUAAAUCUGCUGCCACAGCCAGUCAACAGCUUGUCGCACCUCUGCUUAUUGUUGGGGACUGUGCAUAGUUUUAUUUAUAUCUUAUGUUUGUUACUUUUGAACAUCUGACAACUUUCUCCCAAUGGCUGGUUUCCAUGGCUCUCUAUCCUUUUUGUAAGGAUGUUUCCUCUGGCUCAUCUCUGGGGCUUAUGAGGGAAGUUGGUUCUCCUGAAAUGAAAAGCUGUUUGUCAAAGGGGGCGGGCUAGCGAGUAAGGUGUUGAGGAUGAAGAGGAUUUUGUGUCCUGCAGGUUCUAAGUUUGUAAAACCUGACACCAAAGGACUUUUGUAGCAUCCAACUAUCCAAUGGCUUAGUUGGCAUUUUUUUUCUUUCAUACUGUGAAGUACUCCAUUUCAUUUUAAAAGAAGUAGAGCAAUAUCACCUUUUUUAUAUACAGUCAUGAAGCGUUGCUCCUCUUAAAGAAGAAAAAAAACUGUUCCAAGAACAAAAAGGCAUUCCACAGAAAGUAUCACGUGUCUGAAGAUAACUACUGCUUUUGGUAUAGAAUGCUUUUAGGUGCAGAACUGCAACUAUUAUCAGUUUUGUUUUAAAAAUCUGUUUACUUCAUUUUUGAGUUUUAUGUAUGUCACGCUCCAGUGGAGUGAAGAAAAGGCCAUUUGGUUUUAUAUUUUUUUAAUAAGGAGGGUGCUGAAAAAGCAAAAUUGUUUAGAAAAAAAAACAAUGCAGGAAUGUGUAAACUUGUUUACUUGGGGGAGGGAGAAUAAGCUCAAAGUUCAUGUGAGGGGAAAAGCACUUUUAAGUGGCAGUUGACACUUGCUGACCCAUUGUCCCUUUCCAAGCUACAACUCCAUGAUAGGCAAUUGAGCUGAAAAUAUUUAAUAUCGGAAAAAAGUGAUUCCCUAGGAAAAUAGUUGAACAAAAGAAAAACUUUUUUUGUAUGUGUGCUUUGGAUUGAGAUGCUGGGCAGCAAAAAUGUAAUUGCUUAAUGAGCAGUGCGGACUGGUUUUCCAAGUUAGCUGUUCGGAAUAGGUUUGAAGUUUAAACUUGUUUUAUUGGUACUUGCCUAUCCCUCCCAUUGCUUAAACUCAGGAUUACAAGAGUAUGUAUCUGGGGAAAGUCAUUUCUUUUUUUCUUUCCUGUGCCUCCUAGGUCAUUCUCGGUCUUCCAAGUUAAAACAGGUAGGGUGAUUGUGGCAGCUAAAUUGGCUGUAGGCUGAUGGUGUCUGACUACUGGGGAAUGUAACACUUGUUACCCUCAACUUUUUUUUUUUUAAUUAACUCUAUGUAUGUUCUUUGAGAUUAGUUCCUAAAACUGAUCGUGGGAGGUGUUUUUGUUAAGCUGAAGAAAAUAUUUGCACAUAUUCGUUUUUGAGUUCUUUUGAACUUCCUCAAAGUCGCACAAUGACUGGUCCCAAGUUACAGCGUUUUUCUUUUUCUUUCCUCUCGUUUGUAUAUGUAUGAAGAGCACAUGUCUGUGCAGCGUAUGUUUAUUGGGCAGAAGUGUGUAAUUAGUGCUUUUAUAGAGACAUGUAGGAGGCAGUACUUUGAGUAACCAAGGUAAUUCAUUCAUGAUCAUCUUGUGAUGUUUUGGGUUUUGAGCAGCAGUGGCCUUAAGCUUUCUCUUUCACAAGUGUGGUACUUAUGUAUCAGGGUGUCAUGGCUGAGUACAGUUGGUAGCUGUAAAUGGGGCGACACUAUAGUAGGCAUCCCACGUUUGUGGAAUUGUGUAAUCGUGUCUUCUGUACUGCCCCCUGUCCUUACAAUGUCACUGCUGUUUAGCUUCAAAAUGUCUCCUGGAAUACAGUUAUGAUUGUUUAAUGGUUAGUGGGUAACAUUUGAAAUUGAACAGAAGUAGGAUAAGGAAUUUAGUUUUUGACAGCAUUUUUUUAUAGUAUUUGGAGGUUGCUCCAAACCUUUUUAUGCUGUAAGGUAAGCUGAAGCAGUGUUAAAAGUGUGCUUUUCCCAUUAAGGCAGUAUUAUGUCCUGUGCCCACUCUCGUUAUGUAGAGGAGUGGACAUCCGCAUUCUUAAGGGAACUUAGAUGAGUUACCAUGACGAUGCUGUCUUAGUCACUGUGCCUGGCACUCUGGGAGUUUUUUUCCCCCCUGACAUCUUCCCCAGUACCGCACACUAAUGCAUGGUGCUUGGGUAUGCCAUAAGUGGAUUCUCUGGUGACCCCUUCCCGAGACUCAAGAGUCCUGGCAAGCAUAUUGACCAAACUUUUCUCAAGUCUUGACUCUACAUAGGGCUAUGAAGGGUGUGCUGCAGCUGUUCCUGCCUUUUAUUGAGCUACAUGUCCUUCCACUCGCUUCUGACUUUUGGCUUUCUCAUGUGAGAUGCCGUACUGCUGUCUUCAUAUGUACCGUACUGGUAUACUGCCAGCUCGCAUAGGCGUAUGCAUUCUUGGUAGCAGUGCUUCUCUGACCUGUUACCUUUCAGCUGUGCUUUAGCUUUACCUGCGCAUGGGUCACCGUAAAGCACACAAGGUAAAGUAAUGACAGUGGAAUUGAGGAGCAACCAAAAAACUGUUCAUAUUUAAUAAAUGUAGCGGGUAUUGCAUUUAGCAGGGGGCAAAUAAAUGGACAUUACCAUUAUAGAAAGCAAAUUUGAAGAGUAAAGCACUAAAAGGAGAUGUGCAGAAGCAUCAUGUUUUUAAACUGUUUUUGCAGUUUCCUUAAGGCUUGUUAAAUAAAGCAGGUAUUGAAAGAGAAACCAAAGUGAAGGAAUUUAGUUGCAUAUAUGGACAAACAUAGUCUCCCGGUAACUAUGUAUAUUAGCGUGUGUGUGUGUUAUAGUUUCACACAAAUCUGUCCAAGUACUCUCUCUAAACUUGGUCUCAUUUGAGGAGGAAGAACCAGAGAAUUUGUACAGAAACUGUAAUGUCUAGUUGAUGUUUCUUGGUUUAUGAUAGGCCUUUAGGGCUUUUGCUUCGAGUGAGGUAGCUUCAGAUGUUGGCUGAACAGUAUUCUGGAUUGGAUCUGUUGGUGUCUGUCCCCUAUCCUUCCUUUUUAUUGCCAGUUAUCUUACCUGUCCGGCAAAGAUGUUUGGCUCCCUUUCACUGUGAGACACUUGCACUACCUUGAUUGUAUUAUGGAGGAAGGACACUUUCCACUACAGGGUAUAUGCAGCCUUUAAGAUUUUGUUUUGAGCAUCUGUCGAGCAAACCAAGAUGUCAGAAAUUAAGUCAGUGUGCUGAAAUUGACAAUCUAAAAUGAUUGACCUUUACUUUAUAAGUCAUUGUUUCAGGUGUCCCUCUUUUGUCGAUUGAGUGUCUUGUAGAGUCUCAAUUGCUGUAUUCUCUAGAUUUCCAUUUUUUUUCCAUUGGAGGCAGGCCAUGUUGAGCCCAGUGGCAUUUGUUUUAGCACUCCUGGGAGUGAAGAGGAAUGUCCAUAUUUAUAUGGUUAUUUAAAAAAAAUUGUGGGGGGGGGGGUCAUGACUCAGAGUACUAGUCAGUGUUAAGGUGACACUCAGAAUUUUUCAUGGGGAGUGGGGUGGCAAUAUCUUGGUCAGAAGAAAAGGUGUUUCUGUAUUUGAUUUUGUACCUAUUUGUUUUUGUAUGUUUUAUAUGUAUCAUCCCUGUUUUAUGCUAUGACUACUUGAAUAUUUUGUACACUUUGCCUCAUUGUUCUCUGUUGUCCUGUGCUGCCCAGGCGCAACCUCUGGGAGGUGGCUAGUUUUAUGGCACUGAGCUCUCUUUUUGGUUGAAUCUGCAUAUCUGUAUGUGGUGUGUUGAUGCAGUAGUACAAGUCAUGAAUUGUGCUCUUUCACAGCAGCAGAGCAGACAUUCCCCAUUUGUACCUCCAAAACUUUCCUUCCAGCGUCAUUCACCCAUUGGUUCCUAAUUGGGAAUUGAUUUGCACGUUAAAUGUGAAUGUUUGAGCUAGCUGUCCUGAGCUACAGGAUAUACGGGACUUGGUUCCUGGGCAGGAUAUUAUUAGCUGCACUUUGGAAGGGGAAUCUGCACAGCCUGCUUGAUUUCCCUUUCCUUUGUACGGUUUAUAAUCUGCAUUCUGCAUCUCCUGCACAAAAGUUGCAGGAUAAACUGGUGUCACCAGAAAACUGGGAGGUAGAAGAUGGGUUAGAGUGCUCAACCAAUUGUUAGUAAGAAACUGCUAAAUCAGUGGCACAUUUAUAAUUUUUAAAAGUGAGCCAGUUUCAUUAAAACUAAUCCUCAUUUUGAAUACCUUUACUUUUAAACUGAGUCGGAUGUUAGUUUCAUGUGCCACAGUUGUGUCAUUUUCCUAGAUUAUUCUUUAAGUGAUCAGCAUGUGUUUGCAGAUGGAUCUUGUAAUGUUCGGGCAAGUACAGUGAUGCCCAUUGUCUCCACUGCUGCUGCUGAUUGCCCAAAAGUUCUUGUAUCUUUUAUCUGUGUCCCAGCAGGAUUCUGCUUGAGAGUAAUGUGUUUUCUAUGAUUGUAUACAGGCUUAAUCUGAAUAGCAGGUAGAAUGCUGCGUUAAAAAUCUCAGUGCAUUGCCAGUUCUGCAGACUGCUGUCAAGUCACCAAAAAAAAAAAAAAAAAAAAACUGUGAAUCUUGUGGUGGUGAGGCUUGAAACCUGCCGUCAUACGAGUUUUGUGUAUGCCAUGAUGAGCACUGUCAGACUGGUUGUUUUGGCAUCUCCCAGGGGAAGAGAAUAACAAAAAUAAAAUAAAAAACAAAAAAAGCACUUUAAUAUGUAUCUGGUGACCAACAUAGGUCUAUCAGGAUUUCUAAUGGCUGUUUGUGCCAGAAUUUUGUAAUGGUUUUGUAACAGAUUUCAAUAAAUGCUUUGAAACCUC